UGUUAGUUAAAUAUAUUUUUAUCAUUUUUUUAAACUACAAUACACUUCAAUCUUUGAUAAAAAAAUAUAGAUAUUAUAUUCUUAGCUUUAAUGUAGAUUUGCGACAGUAACUUCGCAAAAUAUAAUAUGUAUACUCUAAUGUAGGACGUGGUUUUUUAAUGCGAGACACCGCUCAGCAACAGCGAUGGUAUGUAAAUAAACGAAAGCCUGGCCUAGCAACAAAGAACUUGUGUGCAGCAACUAAACAUACAAUGAAACGCAUCGAUCACACACUUGGACAAGAACACGUUCUCGAAGGACAUUCUUUCCUUCAAUUGUUCAUGAAGCGAAUCGUAUGCGGUUAAUUGCAGUUUGUUAUUGCAAAAAAUUGUAAUGAAUGCGAUAAAAUACAUUUAUUCCACAAUGAAAUAUGCUAUGGGGGCAUUAUACCAAGCAUGUUCCUGGAACUUAUCGAUCUGGCCGCAAGCUGAGCUUCCUUUGGCUAAAUCUGACGUCACAAGCGGCAGCUGAUAGGUAGAAUUCAACUGUGGGCGAUCCGCAUUGGUCGACGAGCCGGUAUAAACGAUGCUUUCACGGUAACCUGUUUCAGUUGUGUUGUUAUCCACUCACUGUACACUUGAAGAAUAGUAUGUAUAAAGUACUUCACAAUCAAGACAUAAAACACGAGUGCUCGCGGUCAGGGGGACUGCACGCUUAUCCUGAUCAUUUCAGGGAACCUAAAAAGCUUUACCUCUAAACCAGCCGUCUGCUAAAUGAUCAUUUAAAGGUUCCUGUCCUCUGGUAGGACUUUGUAUAUAGUGUAAAUAUCGCUUUUCUAACAAAGGAUCUCGCUCAAAUAAAAAAAAAAAAAAAAAACGAGCAAGCUCGAAGAAUCGAAACAAGUCACGCGGGGAUUUCAAGGAGUCGAGAGAAUUCGAAAGAUUGCACUAUUCCAACUCCCAUACAUCCGACGCAUGCAUCAACUUAGAACGCACUGAUCAGUCAACUAGUUCAAAACGCAACAAAAGAAAAAAAGAAAAGAAGAAGAUUGUUGGAGAGAAAGAGAGUGAAAAGAACGAGAGCACGAUGAAGCAACAAGCGUCGGAAGAAUUCCCUUUAUGGAUAAAGUUACUUUCCGCAGGCACAGCAGCCUGUAUCGCUGAUUUAGCGACGUUUCCUUUGGACACCGCCAAAGUCAGAAUGCAGAUUGCCGGAGAAAGUCGUCCUCUUCUAUUGGCGACUGCGGAUAACUCCAUGCUCGCGAUGCGAAAUACGCAACCAGGAUUAUGGAGGACAGUAAAGAACAUCAUCAGACUCGAAGGAGCAAGGAGCCUGUACGGAGGUCUGUCCGCGGGACUCCAGAGACAGAUGUGUUUCGCCAGCAUACGGUUGGGCCUCUACGACGGGGUGAAGUCACGCUACGCUGGAAUCAUCGACGGUAAUAACAGGAGCGCGAGCGGAUCGAAGAGUAUCUCCGUACGAAUCGCCGCUGGAAUCACGACGGGCGCCCUGGCGGUGCUCUUUGCUCAACCGACCGACGUCGUCAAGGUACGCCUACAGGCUGGAAGUAAUGGACGAUCGGUGAGAUAUAGCUCCACCCUACAAGCGUACAAGAAUAUCGCUGCCGAAGAAGGAACGCGGGGCCUUUGGAAAGGAACUGUGCCCAACAUCUCGAGAAACGCGAUCGUGAACGUGGCGGAGAUCGUUUGCUACGACAUCAUCAAGGAUUUCAUCUUGGAAUACGGAUACCUGCGCGAUGGGAUUCCCUGCCACAUUACGGCCGCGGUGGCGGCAGGGCUGUGCACUACGUUGGCAGCCAGCCCUGUGGACGUGGUGAAGACUCGUUACAUGAACAGCGCCCCCGGCGAAUACAAGGGCGUCAAGGAUUGCGCUGUUCGUAUGAUGAUGAAGGAAGGGCCGUCCGCGUUUUACAAAGGCUUCGUGCCCAGCUUCACGCGGCUCGUUUCCUGGAACAUCGUUCUCUGGAUCACCUACGAGCAGUUCAAAGUCUACGCGAAGAAGCUGAACCAGUAAACAAUCACACAUCCCUCUACGUCGAUCGACUGGGGUGCAUCGAUUCACUAAAUACACAUACACAUACACACUUACGCACACACAACACUUAUACACACACGUAUACACGCGCGACAACCGUGUUUUAAUCAAACUGCAGCUUCAUAAUCUGUAUUUCGAUCGUGUAGCUUAGGGAUGGGAGGAUGUAUGUAAUCGUGUAUCGGUUUAGAUUUGAUCGUUUCGAAUCGUAGAGAAUAUCUUAGCUUGCCGUCGUUCGCAUUAUUUAUUUACAUAUUUCACGAUAACACUUUGACGCGUAUAUACAUAUAUAAGUUUUUUUUUUUUGUUUCUUUUUUUUUUCUCCCUAAGUAGAUAGUGCAUGUUACAGAUUCAUCGAGCGUUACUUUGUAUUACUUUGUAUUAUCGAGGGUAGAUCGGGUAAUUUUGAUAACGUUUUAGGGAUGUUUGUAUCUAUAUCGCUAGUUUUUCUACCUAAUACGUAUACGUAUGUAACGAUUACUCGUAGAGACUCUUGCUUAUGCAUACGUAGAGGGUGAUUAUGAUUUAUGAUAAUGAAGCUGUUGCUGCUGAUAUUUUGUAAGAUGUAAUUAAUUGCUCGCACGAAAUUAGAUGUAUAUUAGUUAUUUUCUUUAUCUUUACUAAAAGAUUUAAGUCUAAGACGAUUUAUAAGCACAAUUACGUUGAUAUUAUUAUAAUAGCUUUGUUGCAAACGACGGCAAUCAAUUCUCCCAUCAUAUCGUUGUAUUUUCACCUUUCUUUCCGGUAGAUACGACCGCUCGUGCAUUCUAAUUUGAAUAAAAGAAAAAGAAAGAAAAGAAGAAAAAAAAUCUAUUGAAAAAAAGUAAAGAAACGGAAAAAAAAAAAAUUGUCCGUCCAAAUUGUUUGAAACGCGAAUUCGAAUAUUGCACUUGUAAUUGUAAUUGAUGAAUUUUUAAAAUUAUCGAUCGAAAGGAAAGAAAUAAAAAUAAAUAAAAUAAAAUAAAAUAAAAUAAAAUAAAAUAAAAUAAAAUAAAAUGAAAGAGUGCACGUACGAUCGAGAAUAUCUUUAGAAAUCUGUCAAUAAUCCAUAAUGAAACAUUUUUGGCUACGUAAGUCAGCUUUAGAAACAUUUAGUAGGACAAUAGAGGAAAAGAAAUUUCUCCCCUGAUAAAAAUACUUAAUAUAAAAAUCACGCGCAUUACGAUACGCCAGACAGACAAUAAGGUUUCAAAAUUGAUUUCGAGUAUUUGCGAGAUCUGUUGACACGAGCUACACACAUGUACGAUGAUUAUUCGACUGAUUUUCAUUUUUAAUGACUACGAUUAAUUCUUCGAUAUGCUAUAAUAACAAACGCCGAGCUAAAUAUCCUCAGCUAUAUUUGUGUGUAUAAUUGUAAUUCGUUCUUUUAAACAAUUAUGUUUACGCGAAAUUUAAUUUUUUUUUUCUUCCAACAAUUGCUAGAGGUAUUUAAAAGAAAUACGGGCGGAUAUUUAACAAUCUGAUUUCGGGUCAAUUAAUAUUAUAUACAGGGCACAAUUUUUAUCGAAUUUCGAUCGACGACUUGUAGUCUGUUUUUUAAAGCUAUGUUAUCAUCUAUUGAUGUAUGUUUCACAUUAAAGAGCAAUUCUUAUUAUCUUAUUAA